CUGUCUCAACAUUACGAUAAUAGACCCAACGCUCCUGUUGUAGUUACUUUUUGCGAACCUCAACAGCAUGGCGGCGUCAAGUCGAAAUGCACCGCUUUCUUUGCGGGUGAUCAUGAAGCAUUGCACCCCGGAAUGCAACGGUGAGAAUGAGUGGUGCGAAUGGGAAGGUCGACUUGAAGGGCGCAACGGGUCGUCUGCCGAAACCGAUGUGUGGGAUGUCAUUGCGACGAUUAAGUUUCAUGCUGUACUUGGUCUUGGAGGAGGUCAAAGCUACGAAGACGCCAUGAUGAGCUGCGAUGCUGCAACGAACGAAAUCUAUGAUAUGGCAAACAAAGUUUUCGAGGAACCUCAGGAGCUGACACAGCAACAGCGCGAUCAACGACGUACGGCCAUGGAAGCCAGCGGAAUGCCGCCGGAACUCAUUGCCGACCUCGAGCUAACUCACCCGUACAUGCUGUUGACGGGUAAAAAGUGGCAUACGCCGCCGCCGGCUCCGCGAACUGAUUUGCGAUUUGGUGGUGACGAAAUCGGCAUGUCGUUCUACGGCAUGUUUUUGUUUAUCGACAGGUUCUUAUGUGAAGACUUCCUCUUUUUCGUAAUCGUAGUUCACCCUUCAUCACGAUAAAACAGGCGUGUAUCUGUGCUAUUGUGUUUGGCCUUGGCGUCCUGACCCCUGAGUGGAAAACUCAUUUUUACUUCUUUUACCAAUCGCACAAACAGGGUUGAAACAACGCCUGGCUACGCUGGAACCGGUUACGGACGCCUGCUCCUAGCAACCGUCAUCGAACAUCAGUGCCAGUGUCGCGACGAAGACGGCAACAUCGUUAGGGAGGAGUACAGCGCUGUUGUGUUGAAGCCGUCCCCCCUGCAGUGGAGCGAAGUCUACGAAGGUCCUCGUCUUGCGAGGCAUCCGCAGCACAGAACAAACCUACCGUCCAACUGCACACCGGAACAGCGCUAUCCACAGCCCCUGUCUCCCGAACUCCAGUCGCAAUUCGAGGAAGAUCGUGCGAAAUGUAUCGCAGUCUGGGAAACCAUGGGCUUCCGGCGAAUUGCAGAUACGGAUUACUGGGGACGGAACGAAGACUUCAUAUCGCCAGGACCAGAAAUCUUCUGUCCCCGUUCUAUUCACGACACGCUAGAAGUUUUCCGCGAGAGACCAGACACUGAACAAGGCGGAGAUGAACCGUCGGACGACGAAGACGAAGAGCAAGAGGUGUUGGAAGAUAUAGUCGGUUUGGCGGCUGCGGAAGCUCUAGAGGAGGAGGAUAUUAGUUCGCUUCCACCACAGCAGAGAAGAAGGCUGUACUGAUUGCAGCCCAAGCGUGGAGCACUUCAACUUUUUAACCUUAUUGAGAUCCUUCAUUCGCGCGUCGUUCUCAUCUCCAAUAUUCCGCGAUGACUAAACAAACUGUACUUGUAUAUGUAUUCAAGUUUUCUUCCAUCUUUGCGCCAUUGCAGACAUGGCAAUCAAUGGACCGACACUUGUAGUUUUUUUUCAUUGAUAACGCUUUGAUCAGAACAAGAGCAACC